CGGUCGCCGAAUCCAAGUGUACUUACGCACUUCAGUCUCUCCCCGCCCACCGUGAUCACAGUGCACGAUCAUGUCGCUACUCUACUCUUGGGCUCUUGCAAAACUCGUUGUACGCGUCACGAUCACAGGAUGCUUCUUUAGGACCUUCGCUCUCUGACCUACUCCCGCACGACCAACGCUAGCCUCGCGUAUGAAGUGCGGAACUUGGGUUCUAAAGCUCUGGAGCUCUGUAGGCUGGCUCUCUCUGCGCUAGAGAAGGUCGCUGCGUACACGCGCCGCGAGGCGUGGGUGUUUGAGCCGUAGCCGUCGACAUUUGCGCCGAACCGCAGGUGAUCGAACAAGGACAUGGACCCCGUCCCGCCCAAGGGCACGACUAUCGAUUACAUCGCGUACUGGGUGUCAGAUGCAACCAAUGUCGCGGUGUGGGAGCUCGCGUCGAGUAUGCUUUCCAUUGGGCUUUCAUGGCACCAAGCUCUCCCCGCCGUCGGGCACAUCAUCAUCUCGAUCGUCAUGAUGCUCAACGAGACAGUCGGAACAGGGCUGCAUACCGCUUUCCCGGUGCUGAACCGCUCCUCGUUUGGGUUUCGGUUCAGCUAUCUCAGCGUCGUCUCCCGCAUCGUGCUCUCCAUGUUCUGGUCUGGAAUCCAGGCGUAUACUGGGUCCGACGCCUGGACGAACAUCACGACUGCUAAUCCAGCUGCCAUUAUCGCUCGUCUCCCUACAAAAGAUCCGAUGGUUCCGCAUGAUCCGGACGUCCCGUCGAGUAAGGGCCUGUUCGAGCAUUGUGCGCUGUCGGGCAGUGCAAUGUCGUACGCGUGGCUGAGUGUAUUGAACAGUGUGCUGUGCAUCUACUCGAUCCUCGAUGUCAACGUCCCAGACUUCACUCGCUAUGCGAAGAACGCGCAAGCGCAGUGCGUGCAGCUGUUCAUCCCCAUCGCGUCCACUCUUGUCUCGUUCAUCGGCCUCGCCGUCACUUCGGCCGGCGUGACAUUCUACGACGGUGCGGUGCUCUGGGACCCGUUGCAGCUCAUCGACCACUGGGACAACCGCGCCGCGGCGUUCUUCGCCUCCUUUUCCUUUGUACUCACAACCCUCGGCACCAACAUCUCCGCCAACUCGCUCUCAGCCGCAAACGACAUGACAGUACUCUUUCCGCGGUAUAUCAACAUCCGCCGCGGGCAGGUGAUUUGCGCGAUCUUGGGCGGGUGGGCGCUGUGCCCGUGGGAGAUUCUUGCGAGCGCGAAGGGGUUCUUGAGUUUUAUGAAUGGUUAGGCAGUGUUCUUGGGUCCGUUUGCCAGGAUCAUGGUUGCGGACGUAAGUGGAUGCCUCCUCCUCGCGAUGAAUCGUUGUUUUGAAUGAGGUACAGCACUGGCUCGUGCGCUAGGCAUGGUGGACGUGCCUUCGAUGUACCGGCCCCAUGGACGUUAUAGAUACACGUAUGGAUUUG